UUCUCUGUAGAAUCUACGAAGGCAUCGGAAAUAUCUCCUUCUUUUUUCCCUUUUUUACUUGAAGUACGAAAGCUUCUAUCAAAGAUUUCGUCAGCGAUAUCUCCUGAUUCUGCAGCUUUGCUUUAUCGGUUAAUUAAUCAGAAAAUUGCGGAAUGUUUUUUAGAAAUAAUUAGUUCAACAUCCUUUAACUGCAAUGGUGCCUCACAAAUGUUAUUUGAUAUUUCUUCUUCAUUAAUACCACUGCUGAAUUCCUUUUACAAUGAUGGUUUACAUAAUCUGAAAGCUUUAGAUGAACCGAAAUUCAACGGUGUUAUUACUUCAUUGCGACUUCUUUCGCUGCCCAAAGCAAUAUCUUUACUUCUUUUCGAUGAAUUAAAACGAAUUCCUAAUGAAAUGGCGCCAUCAGUCUUAGCUCCGCAUAACAUAUGUGCGAUGAGCCGUGACAAUGCUUUGAAUCUUCUGAAACAAAGAUGUGAUUUAAACCUUGAAACUGAUUUGAAAAUUACUUGGUAA